CAUCUUACACCGUUACAUGUACUUCUUGUUUGUCUUUCUUUCAGGUGGAUAGGCUGUGUCAGAUCAUGCACAGGAGCACAAAACAGCCACAGCACAGGAAUUGUACUCUCUAUUCUCCUGAGAACCAGCAAACCUUUCAUACCUGUCCUUCCUCAGAGCCAUAGCACAGCAUGUGAGUGUUUUGGAGGCAGGCAAAGCUGAGACAGGAUGCAAAUGACUGAGUUAAAGCUGCUCUUUCCAUAGCUCUGGGGACAGGCUCACAGAUGGCAGGGGAUGUCACCUACGCGGCCGUGGCGAUGCUGCCAAGGGAAAGGCCACACGCUCCUUCAGGGACACCAAACCCAGGCUCCGCCUUUAUUGUUCCUCCACUUGGUGACUGGCACAGCCACAAAUGUCAGCGCUGCCCUCUCCUUACAGGAAACACCAUCACAUAUGCUGAGCUGCAUGUGAAGCCCCAGCCCCGAGGGAGCAGCAGAGCAGAGACUUCCGCUCCUGGCUGCCAGCACAGGAGCUCAGCCUGGUUCUACGUGGCGCUGGUCCUGGCAGUCCUCGUGCUCAUCCUGCUGGGAGUCGUGGCCAUACAAGCCAAGCAGUUUUUGAAGGGCAGAGCAGGAAAAUCAGGAAGUUUACCCCACUAUGGUCUGAACAGCACCAGCAGUGACAUUUCUUCAGAGAGGACUGUCUCAGCAGCACUCCUGAAACAGCUCAUGGAGGAGCUGUGUGAAGAUGGACAGGGGACAACAUGUGAGCUGUGUCCCCCUGGCUGGCAGCUGCACAGGGGCAGAUGUUACUUCUUCUCUGAGGAGGCCCGGAGCUGGGAGGACAGCCAGAAAAACUGCCUGGCCAGGAAAUCCCAGCUGCUUGUCAUUGAGGAUGAAAUUGAGAUGGAAUUUAUAGACAACAAAGACAAAGAUACCAAAUAUAUCUGGAUUGGCUUGGAUGCUGAAGACAUGGAGAAAACAUGGAGUUCAGUGGAAGAUCACAGAGUAAAAGAAAAGAGCAGGACAGCUCUAAAAAGCAUCGAGGCUGACAAGAACUGUGCUGUUUACAGAAGGAAAAACCUGAUUCAGGCAGAUAACUGCCAGACCUUAAAGGAGUGGAUCUGUAAGAAGAAUGCAACUUUGCUGGUGCUCUGAGCCACAUUUCCAGACAGCAAGAAGAGCUUCUCAUCAGAAGACCCUUUUACAGACAAACCAACUUGUGAUGUAAAUAAUUUUCAUCAGACUUGCAGAGAAACUUGCACUUUGCUGUGCUGUACUCUCUUAAGUCAGCAGACAGGUCCUGCAAGAGGGCAAGCUGUCACACGAGGAUUUUGGGGUGCUGAGCCUUCACACAGAUUUUGGCAGCAGCUGCCUCAGGAAGAGUCAGAGGAGAAGAGAUACUCGUGGGGAGGAGCACUGUGCACAUAAACAGUGUAAUGUGCAGGAAUUGUGGCCCCUGUGGGGCAUGAAAGGUGUGCUGGGCCCUCUGCUGCCGGCAGGAAGCUGCUGAGCUGAGGAUUUCUUAUUUGGGUUUCAGGAUUUUAGUGUUUGCUGAAGUUGUGGGCUUGGGGGUUUGUGGUUUUUUUUUCCUUGGGAUCUAAUUGUGACUCACAGAAGUCACAAUUGAGGGCUGGGAAAAAAUGCAUUUAUUGGACAGUGUCUUUUUCAAAGCUGCUGCACAGCUACUGGUUGUAGACAGCAGAGCAGGCAUGGAGUGACUUGUAACACUUGUGGUUAAUGUGCUGAUUGCUCCCAUCUUCUUCUGGUGCUGAGCCUUGGAAUCUGAAGGGAUUAACUAGGGAAGGGUCUUGGGCUGUAAAACAACAUUGCAGUGCAAGGAAAUAAAGUUGAUAACCUUCCUCUCCA